UUAGUAGAACAAAUGAUCGCUUCUUAGUACGUUAGUUUCUGACUCUCUGGCACAGUUUGGUUCAAGAGGUAAGGAAAAAGUCUAUACUUAAGAUCUAGUAAGACUUUGGAUAGAAAUUUCCAACUCACUGCUCUUGAACAGCAAUCUAUCCCCAUUUUGGGGGGGGGAAGUAUAUUUCAAAGUCUCCCAUUUUCCAUUUGAGGUCAUUGAAAGGAAAGAUAUAAAUGUUUGUCUCUUAACCUCUUUACCUGUAAACAGAACAUGGGUGGGGAAUCAUUUCAGCCCAAAGAAAAUAUUUCAGUGUAGAAGUCUUUUGGAACUGCGUUACAACUUUGGACAGAGCAAUGGCAAGGUAACUUAAUACACAUGGCUAAAAAAUAUGAUGCCUGUCUUUGAGAAAUAGUAGCACCUGGGAUAUAUAUCACUCAGAGAGCAUAGCACAAACCUAUAAAACUAUUUUAAAGAAAAUCACUUUUUUGUUUUUGUAAAUGCAAUUAUUAAAAACAAUGCUUAAAAACAAUACACUCACACAUACACACACACAAAAUGCCUGGAUAGUGUAGUGGUUAGAAUGCUGGUCUUUGGUACAGGGAAUGCGUAUAGGUACAAGCCUGGAUUUGAAUACAUUGCCUGCAUCAAAGAACAUAUAUAGACUCUGUGUGUUUUUAAGCUAUCUAGGGAUCCUUGGCCAAAGACUCCCUAAUAUUUUAGCUUCCUACUUGGAUAUGAGAGUGACAUGAACUAAGAGAGUCACGCUGACUCUCACAGUGUCUGGAUUAACAAGGUCCACACCAGAUGUUCAGGAACCAAGACAAUCUGAUAAUAGGUGGACUACUGGAACAAACCAUACAUGGACAAGACUAGAGAACCUUGAAUUGAUGGAAUGCUACUACAAUAGUAGACAUAAUGAGAGAGGAUAUAUGAAACAUCUGAAGGAACUAUGAAUGGACAGAAAACCUAUAUCUGCACUAACCAAGAAACAGCUAUUACCGAGUGCUUCAACAUAGUCAAUAAGAAGCUAAUCUCACCGCUUUGAGAUAGAGCAACUAUACAUUGCAUCCCAGACAGGAAGAACAACUGAAUGUGCAGCCAACAACUGAAGUGGAACAUCACUGCAUCCCCGUUACAGAGCACAGUAGCUGAUAUGAGACAUAAAAUCAUGGAUAAAAUGGCUAUAGUCAACCUUUGAGACCAAUUAUCAAGGCUCAGUGGAGAAGUUUUACUGCAGGUUCUAGUCCCACCAGGCCCAAGGUUGACUCAGCCUUCCAUCCUUUAUAAGGUAGGUAAAAUGAGGACCCAUAUUGUUGGGGGCAAUAAGUUGACUUUGUAUAUAAAUAUACAAAUAGAAUGAAGACUAUUGCUAACAUAGUGUAAGCCGCCCUGAGUCUUCGGAGAAGGGCGGUGUCAGGCCUGGAAACCAUACUAGACUUUAGGUUUCCAGACGCUGCCACAUUUUUCCCCUGAGGGGAAGAAGGGGGGCUGCAGUGGGAAUAGCAGCAGCGGCAGCAGCCGUGGUGGUGUUUCGCUUUCGUGUCUCCCCGGGAGAGGGGAGAGCCGGCACGCCGGGAGUUUGAACUCAGGUGGAAACUGGAGGUGGACAUACAGCAAUAUUGUGGCUUCUUUACAAGGAAGACCUCAGCACCCUUUCUCCCAGCAAGGGCCAUCCUGAAGGGGGAUUUAGGGUUGGGGUGACUCAUCUGCAAGAGCAGCACAGUCUGUAAUUUUCCUCAGCUUUUAACAAGGCUGGGAAAACUUGCUGCACGCCAUUCUGGACUCUCCGACUCCAGAAAGAUGUCAACAAAGUGGAAGGUAUUGGACGGGACCGGUGCAGAAACGAUUUACUGAAAAAUCUUUGUAGUCAUAAAAUUCUUUCCUGAGCAAGAGAGAGAGAGAAAGCGUAAGGACUUGGCAUAAUCUCCCUGUUGAGGACUGUCAGACUAACGCGAUGGUUCAGGCGAGCCUCCUGGCCUGCGAGGGACUCUCCGGUGUUUGCCUGGUGCCAACAGUUGCCAGCAAGAAGAUGAUGCCGAAGCAAAGCUCUAAGCAGGUGGAGAACGGGGAGAGAGGGGGUGCACCGGACAUGCUGAGUCAUCGCAAGGAGAGUGAGAAAUCACGUAGUCGGAAGGAAGAAGAAACAGCAGAAGGGUCUCCUCCUAAAAAAUCCCUUAAAAAGGUAAUGGUGAUAGAGCAGAAUGGAUCCUUCUAGGUCCGGAUUCCCAAGAAUUUUAUUUGUGAGAACUGUUUUGGAGCGUUCCGGAGCAGUUACCACCUCAAGAGACAUAUCCUUAUUCAUACUGGAGAGAAACCUUUUGAGUGUGAUGUCUGUGACAUGCGCUUCAUCCAGAAGUACCAUCUGGAGCGCCACAAACGUGUCCACAGUGGAGAGAAGCCAUAUCAGUGUGAACGCUGCCUGCAGAGCUUCUCCAGGACAGACCGGUUGCUGAGACACAAAUGAAUGUGCCAGGGCUGCCCCAGCAAAGCAUCUGACUCCCAGCUACUGCUUUAGGGUUGGGCCAUAGAAGAGGCUUUUAAGAAGCUGCUGGGAAGUCCACCAGGGGCUCUGGGAGUGGGCUUGUUCACCUGCUUGUGUUUUGUGCCCGAGUUUGCUUCCUGAGCCUAUUCCUGUGGAAGGGGCAGAGCUGAGUGGGCACAGACUUCAACUAUGGUCUUGACACUGUAAAUACAUGGAGGACGAAGCAGGGCUGGCUCCCAGCCAUUGGGAAGCUCACUGCAGUUGUGGAUAAACAUUGCCGGGGUGCGCUUUCUGUUUCUGUUUUAGUUCGUUUUCUUUUCUUUUUCUUUUCUUUUCUUUUUUUUGAAAUUAUCACCAUUUGCCUCAGGAAAGGCUUUGAAAGCAUUGCGGGGGGGCCUUCCGCGAGCCAUUCCAACCAGAUCCGGUGCUCUCCAUUAACAGAUGAUCUGCCAGCUGGCCUGAUAUUUGGACUUGCAAAAAAAAAAAAAAGUGGAAGGACAACAGGCAAAUAUUUUAUGAGAAACAGUGAUCACCGCCAGUCAAGCAGUGAACUUUUUUUUGCGGAGCUGAUCCUGGCAGGAUACUGUGGCCUGGGAUCACAGGAGUCUGUCUCAUUUACGCUAGGCCGUAAGGCCUACAGGACUUUCCCUCCCCCACCACCCUUGAUAAUCCAAGGUGAAACCCACUAUGAAAUCAAGAAAAUCCUUGACUCUAGACUAUACAGAGGUCAAUUACAAUAUUUAGUCCACUGGAAGGGGUAUCCAUUAUCUGAAUCUACUUGGGUCAAAAGUUGGAAAGUAAAUGCAGACAAUUUGAUUAAACAAUUUCACGACACUUUCCCUGACAAACCUAAAAAACCUCUUGGAGAGGGGAGGGGGGAUAGAAGGGAAGUGUAGACCAUUGACACUCUUCUUUAUCAACUCUUUGUUUUCUUUCCUAGCUUCUUUUCCAAGGGGGGACGCCUGUCAGGCCUGGAAACCAUACUAGACUUUAGGUUUCCAGACGCUGCCACAUUUUUCCCCUGAGGGGAAGAAGGGGGGCUGAGGGGUAUGGUAACAUUCUUCAAGCGGUCAAGGUCGGAUGGUGUUCCCAUCUGCAGGAAGAGUGGCGAGAAGAUAUUCGAAUGAACUGGGAGAACGUGGGACCAUGUGACCAUCAAAGGGGUCAGGGGGGUGGGACUCUUGGGGUUUGUAUAACUGGGAAAAGAAUCCGGAAGUUCAGUUUUGGAAUUUCACUCAUCGUGUGCCAGUUUCCUCAUGCUAGUAAAGAACUCUGAAAAACAAUGGCUUCUGAGUUUUUUUUAUGCAGAAGAGGUUUUUCUGGAACCUUGACAUGCGGAAUAUAAAUGUAAAUUUUAAAAAAAAGUACUAGUAUAUAUGUACUAGAAAAUGGUACUAGAACCCUCCCAACAAUCUCUAUCAUUAUCACUUAAAACAAUAUGUUGAUAUUCAUCUACAGUUGCUGUAAUCCUAGAGGUGCUUGGCUAUGUGAAGAAUAGCAAUACAUAUGCCACCCCCACCCCUGGAAAAUAAGGCAGAGAUCAAAGUAAAUUACAGAGAGGUUAGUCAGCCAUUGGAAGUACAAAAGAUCGUGAAGAUUAAGGAUAAGUCUCAGUUUCUGGAAAAAUUACAAGGGGCUAAAUCCAUCUGAAGCCCUAGAGACUAUUAAACAAAGGUUCACAGCACUGACUGUGCAGCUAAGGAGUUACACUAGAAAAGCAGAAGAAAUACACAUUUCCAAAGGGUCAUCCAAGGUGUAUUCCUAAGUGCUGUAAAACAACACCGAUUAUAGCAGAACCAUCAACACCGAAACUAAACUGUACUGGAAGAAUACAUAGAAGAGAAACCAAUCACCAUCAUAGUAGCAGACAACUAGCAGUGGGUGAAGAAUAUGAAAAGCUGGAUGGCACAUGGCCUGGACAUGAUCCACACCUACUGGUUAAAAAAAUUAAAAGUGUGUGAAUGCCUAGCAACACAAAUGAACCAACUGGUAGCAGCAGGCUUUCACCCAAACUGGCUAACAUAAGGAAGGGAAAUACUGAUGCCUACAAGGAAACAGCACCUUCCAACCACUGGCCAAUAACCUGUCUCCCCACCACAUGCAGAACUCUUGUCAAGAAUCAUAGGAUUUCAGGACUGUACAGACCAAUACAUGAGCAGAGCUCAGAAAGGCAUUUGGAACAACAUUAAGGGCUUAAAACGUAGAUAUAGCACUCGCCCAAGACUUAAAAUUUAGAUAGACCAAUCUGAGCACAGCCUGGAUUCACUACAGGAAAGCCUAUUAUUUAAUGCUUGUUAAGUCUAUACAUGUGACUGGUGCUAGACAAUGUCAACAGGACAUUAAGGACCUUCCACAAAAACUGUGGGACACUGAAGACAAUACUGAAAAUCCAAUUAAUCCCAGCAUUAUCCCACUGCUUUUUGCAUAGGCUCAAACUCCCUUAGCCAGAUAAAUACAAGAAUGGAAUGUGGAUACAAGUUCAAGAGUGAAACUACCACCAGCCACCUCCUCCACACAGAUAAUAACAAGCUACAUGCUAAGAAUGAACAAGAGAUCAACUCGCUGUUCCAUCUGACAUGGAUUUACUGUGAGGACAUUGGGAUAUCAUUCAGAAUGGAGAAGUGUGGCUGAAAGAGAGGGAAGGUAAUUAAGACCAAUGGGGUGGAAUCCCGAGUGAGCCACAUAACUGACAUGUAGACGGGUUACCAGCACCCCGGUAUACCACAGCCACAUGGGAACCACAACGAGGAAGCAAAAAAGACAGCAACAAUCAUGCACCACCAAAAGGUAAGAUAGGUCCUUGAAGAAUCAGCUCAAUGGGAAGAUCAGGAUCCAGAUCAUCAGCAUGUAUGCCCUGGCUCUCAUCAGAUAUCCUGCUCAUAUAGUAAGUUGGCAAAAGGAGGACAUGGAGGCUGACAAGGCGAAGACAAGGAAACUCCUCAUAAUGUCAAACCCCAAGUCAAACACCCAGAGACCAGUCCAAAAGACAGUGGACAGGAUCUGAUGAGUAUCAAAGCCAAUGUCAUGGAUGAAACUCAGAGUAUCCAGGAGUACAUCAGUAAGGUGGCAUCCAAAGAUAAGCAAUUGAGGCAAUAGUAGACGGGGAUAGAAGAUCAAGUAGAGAAAGUGCCAUAGCUAUACAAGACUCUGCAUGGGAUAUAUCAUUGACGUACAGUUGGGAUGACUGACAUUGGAAAAUCAUAACCAAUAAUAUCAUCUGGGAGAACUGGAAACUUAUGAAUACAAAUGAAUAAAGAGUAUGUCAUUUUUUGAAUUAUAUGUUUAGGAAACAUGGACAGUCAUUUCAGUUUUUAAUGUAAUGAAAGUGGGCCAGUCCAACUUAAUCACCAGGUUUUGCACUUUGCCUUGACUGCAGACUAGGACAAAGGCAUAGGCUGGACUAGACUGGUAUUUUUAUCUGUAAAGAAAUCUGGCCAAUGAAGGCAAAUGAGAUGUUAAAAUAGGUACAACAGAAAAGGCAGCUUACAAGCAAAGUAGAAAUGAACAGAGGUAUGGACCUUUGGUAUGCAUUAUUGCAACAUCUGCAGUUUGACGCAAUUAAUUCCAAGGUUACCAAAACACUACAGAAAGUGUUCCUGUCUGUGUAACAUUCAGUGAUAAGCUAACUAUUGAGCAUUGGGUUACUUUGUUUUGAUAAACAAGGUCCAUUAAGCACCUUGGCUUUAAUAUGAGUUUUCUCUUGGUGAUUUUAAUCACUGGCUUUAAAUCUCCUUGAUUUAAAUAAAUGUGCCUUGAUAGAUGGACAGUUUGGAGAGAUUCAGCAUAAACAUCUCUUUCAUAGCACUGGAAGAUACCUGAUCCCGAGCAUUGACAUCUUUAUUAGUUAUGUUGUCAACAGCAACUUAAAUCAAAGCACAGGACAGUGGCAGCUGGCAUUGCAAAUAUAUACAUUUAUUUGGUAAGUAGAAAUAGAUUGAUUCACACUCUUGAUUAUUUGGGCGGCAUCUCUUCAUGUAGAUUUUGGAGAAGGUAGCUACUUACUUGAAAUCUUUGUUAUUUCUGUUAAAUUGUGAAUAGGCUACUGUUUGCAAUUAAGUUUCAUUAUAAACAAAACAAGUAUAUACAGAUUUACAUUUGAUUGCUUGGAAGUUUUCUUUCAUUUUUAAUUGACAACCUAGCUAGAAGGCAGCAUCUAACCAAUCUUGGUUAAGCUCAAAGAAUUAAGCAGGACUGAACAAGUUUUAUUAUCUGGAUGGGAGACUAUUACAAAGUACCAGAUUCCAAAAAUGACUGGGAAAUUGAAAAACAUCCCAGAAGAAACUAAUGGCAAAUUAUUUCUGUAUCAGUAACCAGGAACUUGCACUGCAAUAAUGUGAUUCUGCUUUUGUCAUUUUCAACAAGCUUUCGUAGAUGCCCAUAGAUAAGACUGCAGAGGGAAAAGAGAGUUGCCCUAAAAUCAGAGAAUUAGUGUAGUCUUGAUCCAUGGAAUCAAGGAAACUCAAACUGACCAAGGAGCGAUUGAUACAGUUUUACAGAGGUAUUAUUGAGUCUAUCAUCUGCACCUCUAUAACUGGUUUAGUUCUGCAACCCAACAAGACAGACUCAGACUUCAGAGGAUAAUUAGAACUGCAGGAAAAACAAUUGCUACCAACCUGCCUUCCAUUGAGGAUCUGUAUACUGAGGAACUGUAUACUGUAUACUGCACAAGUCAAAAAGAGGACUGUGAAAAUAUUUGCAGACCCUCACAUCCUGGACAUAAACUGUUUCAACUCCUACCCUCAAAACGACGCUAUAGAGCACUGCACACCAGAACUAGACACAAGAACAGUUUUUCCUGAAUGCCAUCACUCUGCUGAGCAAAUAAUUCCCUCAACACUUUCAAACUAUUCACUUAGUCCGCAUUACUAUUACUGUUAGUCUUCUCAUCAUUCCUAUCACUCAUCUCCUCCCAUUUAUGACUGCAUGACUGUAACUUAAUUGCCUGUAUCCUUACAAUUUAUAUUAAUAUUGAUUGUUUCCUAGUAUGAUUUGAUUGUUUAUUUGUACCCUAUGACUAUCAUUAAGUGUUGUACCUUAUGAUUCUUGACAAAUGUAUCUUGUCUUUUUAUGUACACUGAAAGCAUAUGCACCAAAGACAAAUUCCUUAUGUGUCCAGUCACACUUGGCCAAUAAAAAAUUCUAUUCUAUGUCACCAGAAUAGAGUUGGAUAUGAGUACAUACAGUGUCUGUUGAACUUAUACAACAAAUACAUUAUAAAAAUGGCAAGAGAUGACAUCUGGAUUCAAAACUGGAGCUUGAAACACUAACAAAUUGAGAUGGAUAGAUAACAUCAUUUUGUUAGCUGAAAAUAACAAAGUCUUAAAAGAACUAUUUCUGAAAGUAAAGAUGAAAAAUGAAUAUAAUAUGGGUUUCAGGUUGACUUAUAAGUAGAUAAAGUGUGCUAGAGAAGUAAACGGAAUUAAUCUUAGCAAGGAAGGCAAGAUUAUGGAGGAUAAAGUUAGUUCUAUGACAGUAAAGAUCAACAUUGUUGAAGCAAUGUUUUUCCUAGUAUAAUAAAAGUAUGCCAAAGAAAGCAGGGCAGAGAGAGAGGGGAAAAAAGAAAACCAGGCUUUGAAUUAUUGAUUUGCCUAUAGUUACUCUAUGGAAAGUACCAUGGUCUAAAAGUAGGAUCAAUCCUGUACCAAAUAUUGACUAACUUCUGCUUUGAGAUCAUGAUAAACAACCAGAAACUGUUAUGGUUCGGAUAUGUGAUAUGAACAGAUAAGGAACUAAUAAAACAAAAACUCUGCUUUGUAAGAUUGGAGAAGUAGAACAGAAAAACAACAGAUAAGGUGAGUAGGUAGAAAGAAAAGGAUCACUGGAAUGUCUUCAAAAGGGUUUUAGAUUAUCUCCGGAUUCAGAUCAAGAGAGUCAGGAUAUACCUACAUGGUUGCCCCACAGAUGCAAAGCAGUAGCCUCCACUCCUCCUCCUUUCAAAUUAAGGUUUACAAUAUAAUUUCUCAAAAGAUUUUCCAGAUCAUUAUUCAAUGCACUGUUUGCUUAUAAAGAAGAAUUAAAGUUUGAAAACAUUAAUUCUAUACUUUCCCUUGUCCCUAUUGCAUUGAAUGCAAUAAAUCAUGCUUGUACAGAACAUUAGGUGCAAGUCUAAUAGUGAGUAACGUUGCUGGGAUGAAAUGCCUAACAGACCCUGAGAGAGAAGGCAGUAAGACAGGAACAAGGCUGUUAACUUAAAACAUGCUGAAGUCAGAUGAAGGGAGAGUUUGCCUUAA